AUGAUUCGAAGAUCCUUGCAGCGAGCAAUUCCUCAGCGCGCCCUGUCCCGCACCACGACGACCGCCCGAGCUGCCUUUCCCGCGGCUAUCCGAACUGUGAGCAGCACCGCCUUCAUGUCGGCGCCCGCCAAGAACCCCUACGCGUCGUCCCCGGCCGACGCCUUUCAGCUGCUGCCGGAGUCUCAAAAGGCUGGCGAGGCCGAGGAUGCUCUCUACGAUGCGCAGAUCAAGGAGGUCGAGGCCUGGUGGUCGUCGCCCCGGUACGCCGGCAUCAAGCGUCCGUACACGGCCGCCGAUGUCGUCUCCAAGCGAGGCAGCCAGGCCAUCCAGUACCCCAGCUCCGUCAUGGCCUCGAAGCUCUUUAACCUGAUUCGGGAGCGCAUUUCCAAGGGCGAGCCCAUCCACACGCUCGGCGCCGUCGACCCCGUCCAGAUGACGCAGCAAGCGCCGCACCAAGAAGUCCUCUACAUUUCCGGCUGGGCCUGCUCCUCGCUCCUCACGUCGACCAACGAGGUCUCCCCCGACUUUGGCGACUACCCCUACAACACGGUGCCGAACCAAGUGCAGCGCCUGGCCAAGGCGCAGUCGAUGCACGACCGCAAGCAGUGGGAUGCGCGGCGCUCCAUGACGGCGGCCGAGCGCAGCACAACCCCGUACGUCGACUACCUCCGGCCCAUCAUCGCCGACGGCGACACGGGCCACGGCGGGCUCUCGGCCGUGCUCAAGCUCGCCAAGCUCUUUGCCGAGAACGGCGCGGCGGCGGUGCACUUUGAGGACCAGCUGCACGGUGGCAAAAAGUGCGGCCACCUGGCCGGCAAGGUGCUCGUGCCGACGGGCGAGCACAUCAACCGCCUCAACGCGGCGCGCUUCCAAUGGGACAUCAUGGGCUGCGAGAACCUCGUCAUCGCGCGCACUGACUCGGAGUCGGGCAAGCUCCUCUCGUCGGCGAUUGACGUGCGCGACCACGAGUUCAUCCUCGGGGUGGCGGACCCGGCGCUCGAGCCGCUCGCCGAGACGAUCCAGUCGCUCGAGGCCAAGGGCGCGUCGGGCGCCGAGAUUGACGCGUUCGAGGCCGAGUGGGUCGGCAAGACGAGGCUGGUCACGUUUGACGAGGCGGCCGUGGAGCACAUGCGCAGCGAGGGCGUCGCCGAGGACAAGAUUGCCGAGUUCCAGGCGGCGACGGCCGCGGACCGCAACAUGGGCGUGACGCGCCGGCGCGCGCUCGCCAACCACUACGCGGCGACGCCCGUCUACUUCAACUGGGACGUGCCGCGCACGCGCGAGGGCUUCUACCACUUCCGCGCGGGCAUGGCGGCGGCGACGAAGCGCGCGCUCGCGUUCGGCCCGUACGCGGACCUGCUGUGGGUGGAAACGGGCGACCCCAACGUCGAGGUGGCGGCGGCGCUGGGCCGCGCCGUGCGCGCCGCGCACCCGGGCAAGGGGCUCGUGUACAACCUCUCGCCGUCGUUUAACUGGAUGGCGCACGGCUUCACGCCCGAGACGCUCAAGUCGUUCAUCUGGGACAUUGCCAAGGAGGGCUUCGUGCUGCAGCUCGUCUCGCUCGCCGGCGUGCACUCGACGGCCACCAUCUCGACGGAGCUCGCGCGCAGCUUCAAGACGGACGGCAUGAAGGCGUACGUCGAGAUUGUGCAGCGCCGCGAAAAGGAGCUCGGCUGCGACGUCCUGACGCACCAGAAGUGGAGCGGCGCCAAGUAUAUCGACGGCAUUCUGGGCGCGAUCCAGAGCGGCAGCUCGAGCAGCAAGAGCAUGGGCGACGGCAAUACGGAAGGCCAGUUUCACUAG